CAACGAUAGUAAGCAUGCUGCCAGACGCGGCUCACGUCGUGCACGGGAAAGUUCUCAGAGUGUUCGCCAGAAAUAUGCCAAGAGUGGUACCUGACCAGCGUUUGAAGUUUGAAAACGACGAAUUAUUCAGGAAAUUAAGUCGAGAAUCGGAGAUAAAAUACACUGGAUUCAGGGACCGGCCUCAUGAGGAAAGACAGUUACGGUUCCAAACGGACUGCAGGGAGGGUCAUGCUGAUGUUGCUUUCACGUGUGUCGGCGCCAACCUACAGUUGACGUUUGCCUCAAAUUCCACAUGGAACGACAGCUCACAGACAUCCUCCAGAGACAGAGAUUUAGUCGACUUUGACAGAGAGCCAGGGAAGGUGCAUUUGAAAUCACGAUUUAUAAUGAAUGGUGUUUGUGUGGCGUGGCGAGGUUGGAUAGACCUGCAGCGGUUAGAUGGUACAGGGUGCUUAGAAUAUGAUGAAGAAAGGGCGCAGGUAGAAGAUGCUUUAUUACGAGAACAAAUAGAACAAUAUAAUAGACGGUUACGUGAAUUUGAAGAGCGACAACGACAAUAUCGGGAAGAGCAGGAGCGACAAGCAGAAGCAGAAGCUGAGCCAUUCAGUGGAAGUGCUUUCAAUAAGUUAAAAAAGCGAGGCGUAAAUUGAACGGUUUUUGGUUAAAAUUCGUGCAAAAGUCAAGAUACGGCGAAAAUUGGCGGAGCCGAGUCCGAGUUGUACAAGUGGAAGUAGCGACUAAAGAUCUCACAUACAUUUCAUCGCCAUGGCAACGCAUAUGUAAAUAGUGUAUAAAUUAAAGUAUCGCCAAGAUGCAAAAUCACCAGUCAAGGGAAGAGCAUUUGAGCGUGGAGUUGAAUAUGGAUUUUCAUUUCUUAAUGAUGAUAAAGCAGGGAUCAGCCACAGGAAAAAAACUGACAAAACUCUGAUUAAAUUUACUUUGUCUUUUGUAUCCUCUUUGAAUGAGGAGUCAGAAUUUUGAAAUUGUCUUCUCAAAGAUGUUUGUACAAAUGCUGAUCUUCACUGACAGAAAGUGUCAGAUAUUUUCACAAUAUGUCAAAAUAGGUUAGACAAAUUCUAUAAGCUGAGAUGUUGUGUGUGUUUUAACACAUUUCUUUGUGAUCAAUCAUUGAUGGUAAACACUGACAAGACCAUUCAAUCAAAAUUACUUACAGCAAUAGCCAGAAUUUUGUGUCUUCUCAAAUAAAACACUGUCAGAAAGUGUCAGAAAUAUUCCACGAUUUUCAAUAUUAACCUUUCCAGUUGCUCAGCUAAUGUUCGUCAUCAGAGUUAAAAUUCACAAGACAUCUCUUGGGUGUGACUGUGAUUUAGUUUCUGGUGUUGAAUUUGAAGUCAUGUGUGAACUAAGUGAAUAUUGCUGUUUCUUUCUGUUGCGAUGCAUUCCAUGAGUUUUAUUUGCAGAGCGUGCAUUUCGAAAGUAUGCGUAUUGUGCGCUCAUUCUGAGCAGUGGAAUCAAUUUCUCAUAAUUAUGCAGCGCGGUGAAGAGCCCUCUGCGGACUAGUGAUUUUUGUUGAAGCAACCAUGCGUUUGAGAUUAUGAAUUAUAAGGACUAAUGCAGACUAGAAAUUGUUUGUUGCAAUAAAGAUUUGCAGCUCUGACUGCAACAAAUAUUGCUAAUCUGUCAAGCCCUCUACAGAUGGUACCCAGGCCAUACUAUAAAUGGUUAAUGGAUUAACUAAGGUCACAAAAAAUUUUAUUUAGCAAAUGAAAUGUUUUCACACUGUGGGGGUGCUCAGGUAAUUGGCUCAAAAUAUCAUGACGUUUUUACUACCAGAAAGACUCUUAACCGUUUUGUGCAGCUUACCUCAUCUAGUCAUCUUUUCGACCCAUUCAGUUCUUACUAUUGACGGUCAUCCAUCAUAAUGUUCCAAAAAAAGAGAGUAUCUUGCUGAAUAAGAAAGGUACACAAACAUUCUACCAAUGGCUACACUUUUGGAUGUUCUGUACUGUAAACUAUACAUUAGUGGUGGCCAUCAGUAAUUAGCAGUACUCCAGACUCGUGUUUUCCAAAGGUCACAACAAGAUAGACUCUCGCUAUAAAGAGUGUAUUAAAUGAAAAGGCCAGGGGCCAUUGUGCUCACUGGAUGACAACGACAGAUGACAGACACUGCCGUGUUGUGUAGACUCACCGUACCGGUGAGCCAAAAAUCCAACCAGCAUAUUUUUCACAUGGUUAUAAAUCAUGAUGCAAAGGGAAAGUACAGUACAAAGUAAGGGCAAAUACAGUGGAACCUCUCUAUUCAAGAACACCCGAAUUGAGUGGAAAGUACAGUAGAACCUCUCUAUUAAGGACACCCUCGGGACUGAUAAGUGCAGUCCUUAAUAAGGAGGUGUCCUGAUUAGAGAGGUCAAAUAGGGAAACACCAAAUUUGGGACCCAAACUAGUGUCCUUAAUAGAGAGGGUGUCCUGCUAAUAGAAGUGUCCACCAAGAGAGGUAACACUUUAGUCGUCUUUGAUUUAGUCACUCCUUUUGUCACCUGCUUUAUUUCUGACUUUAUACCGUUAAUGGUUGGCAAAAUGUGGUGGUUGUAGCAUUUUUGAUACACCUUGUAUAAAGGUUGCCAUUUGCCUGAUGCCAAUAAAAGGGCACUUUAUGUUGAGAGCAGUACUAUGAAUUAAAAUGAUUCCAUUUUGUAUGUACGUGUAUAUAUAUUUCUGCUUUGAAUAUACCAGAUUGGACCAGACAUGAAUGUUCGUAAAUCACCUUAAGUGUAAAUACAACAAUAGCGCUGCCCGUUUCAUUUUUCAAGAUUUCUUUGAAAUGGUUUUAAAAUGUAGUAUUCCACUGAAAAAUUCGAUUUACCAAACCACUGUUUCAUUUUUGGAACCAAGCUAUCACAAUUUGUCAUUAGCAGCCAUAUCGUUCAGAAAUUGGAUAUUUGAGUUAUGUUAUUUUUGUGUCUUAUAAGUUUGUGGGCGAAGAUACCCAUGUUAACUGUGCCAAUUACGGUGUCGCUAACCAAUUAUUUUGGGGCAAAAUUUUAUAAUGUAGAUACUGCUUACCAUGUUUACAGAUUAUUUUGAUUAUUUUGGCUUAUCGAAGGAUGCAGUGUUAUUGGGAAAACAGGAAUAUUAAGUAGAUGAUGCCCAUUGAAUCUUUUAACUGAGCAUUCCAUGAUUCACCUACCUUCAAACAGAAUGCAGUCGUAACUAUUUUUCAAAUGAAAAACCAACAUAUCUCACGCUCAAAUUGUCACCUUUAAAUAGAUACAAUGGGUUUCUCUAAAUAUUCCAUUUAUGAGGUCACAAUAAUUUAAUCCAGUUGUGCUGCAUCCCUUGAUAAUAGUGCUUUGUGAAUCUGAUUUGCGUUAGUAAUAGUGCUAACUACAUAUUUUAGUUAUAUCGAUACUAUAAUAACUUUAUAAGCCGGUAGCAGCAUUACCGACAUUUUUGAGUUAGUAAUGGUAUUAACGAAUUUGAGUUAGUAGCAAUACUAACAUGUGUAUAUAUUAUCUGAUGAUGAAAUAUUCAAUAUAGCAUCAUUUCUUUUAGAUGAAGAUGCUUGCCUGUACAUUUAGAGAUUAAACAGGACAAUAUAGAUUUUUUGCUGGAAAGAUCAAGAAAUAAAGGAGUUAAACAUCUAAACUUGGUAUAAACAGAUUGGUCGAUAGAAGGGCUGUUCAUUUACUUAGCACACAAUAAAUGUUAAAAAUAUUCACAAGCGUUUUAUUUUCGCCCACUUUCAAAUGUGAACUGAGAAAGCGAGAAAGUUUAACUCUGAUUGAGAAUGAGCAUAUUCACCAGUUGUUGGUCUUGAACAUUCGCCAUUUUUAGUAAGUGAGAAAUCAAAAGUGUUUCAAGGUUCUUUGAUUUUGGAUAAAUACAAAAAAAUGUGUAAAUCUUGAUUUAAGGAUUGGUCCAUUCUCCAGUUUGUUUCAGAACACGAGAUGUUACUGAGCCAAACCAUGUAACCAUGCCAACUAAGAAAUUUGAAAGAAAACAAAAAAAGGACAAAAGAUUUAUCUCUUUCAAAAUGGAUAGAAAUCAUCUUUAAGAUGACUGGUGAGUCAAAAACACUACAGCGUCUCACCUCGGGGUGUAUGAGAGGUUAUAAUAGCAGUUGGUGGACUUAUGGAACUGCUCGGCACUUUUUCGAGUAAACAAACAUAAUUUGUCGUGCCAACCCUUGACACAUUGUCCAGUUAUCACCCGGGGAGGUGUUUUAGUGUAAAGCUAGGCGUGCUUUCUCACCCCUUGGCAGCGAACAUUUAUUUGACUAAGUCUGGAGCGAUAAUAUUCAUGAGUUUACUCACACUUUUCACGACGACCCAUCAUGAUUUAUGGACGUUAUGUGGACUGCGGAUUAUAGGACUCUAACCUUCAGUAAUCAGCGUCUGGCCUCUGGGGGAUUGGACUCGCGCUUGGACCACUCCUCAAACACAUUCGCAUCGUCAUCUGCAGAGUAAGAGUUAUUUUUAAAAGAUUUCAAAAAGGUUUCGCCCAAGAUUUCAAAAUGAAGAGUCAUGCUAACACUGUAGAUCCGUUGGGAAAUUUUCAAAGACUCUCAACAGUGAUUUUUCGUCUAAGACAAGGCCACAUUUUAUAUUGUACAUUGUUCUGAAAGGGUUAAAAUGAUUCCCAUGACUAUGUUAUGUGGCAUAAAGUCUUAAUAUAUUGUUCUGGAGCAGUAUUUAUUUCAAUUUAAUUUAUUUGUAAAGGUUAUUUACUUUGUUGAUCUCCAACAAAUAUCAAUGAAAAUAAGAUGAUAUGAAUAAAAUUAUA